AUUAUGAACUGGCUUCCAAAAAUUACAAAUUUCUAUAAAAAUAAAGUGUUACUCCGUUUUUGCAAGUAUAUAAUAUGUCAAAUACCAAUUCAACAAUUACGACCAAAAAAAAAUCCAUAAAACAAACUUCUUGGGUUAUAGGACAAAUCUAUAAGUUUUCCAUGGUACUGAAAACAUUGCACAUGAAAAGUGAAUUCUGAAUUGCCUAGGAGGACGAUAGGAUAUUUUUUUAAUAUGGUUAUAAAGGAAAAAACUCGUUCGUUUUCUUCAUUUUAAUAUAAAUUGGCGGAUUAAGCAAACGCGGGGCAUGUAGGCUUUUUGUACUAUAGAUUCUUAUGUACUUAAUACUAAUGCGAGCGACUUCAAAUAGAAGCAAUGCGCAGUUUCACUUUUUUGUGACAUGAAAUACCUACAUUUAAAAUUUUUGAUUCUAUUUUCUUAAAAAGUAAAUUAGAUUUAGGGAAUUUGUGUGAUUUAAAUAUUCGGCACCCAGAGCUAGAUCAAGCAAGCAAUCCGUUGCCGAUAAUUUGUAUUGGAAAUACCUCUAGGCUCUACAAAUUUGCAUCGUCGCACUACAUACCAAUCAUUGCCCUUAUCUUAUUUAUUAAAUAGAUGAUAUUAAUAAAAUAUACAAUGCGAAGAUUUACGAAUGUAAAACUGUCAACCCUCAGAAUGUGACGAUGCAAACUUAGGCGAUGAUAUUUAUAGGUUCUUUAUUUAGAGUCCUAUCUUAAUAAUCAAAAAUAAGUACUACAAUAUUACAGUAACUUAUAAAUAAAAAAAAUAUCUGUAGCUAUAACUAUUUUAAACCACAUAAAACCUCAUUUUAUCCAUGUCAUUAAUUUAUUAUGGUUUGAUUUGUCUAUUGGAUAUUUCAGUAAUCCUGUUACAAAUUGUCAACAUACUACUGAUAGAACAGAUAUAAAGUAUUUCCAACUAUAUUUUUCAGUUUAAAAGAUUAGUAUAAAAAAAAAAUCAAAAUGAAAUCCACAAUAUGAAUGGCCAUGACUCAUAUAAACAAAAAAAUAAGCGACCAAAGCGUAAAACAUUGAUAACCACAAGACCGAAUACACCUGUAAAUAAUACUUUUAACAUAACGGUUGGAAGCAGUUUCGCCAUCGGCCACACUACUCAAGAACCACAGUGCACUUUGUUGGCUGCUAAAGACUCUGAAUGGGUUGAUAUUGUACAAACUCCCAGCAAUUCAAAAUUAGACAACAACAAUGAUGAGGCUGUAUUGCAGCUCGUUGAAUGUGAGGAAGGUCCCCAAAUGAAACCACUUAUGCUUAUGUUUCCUCAAUUGCUCGAAGAGGAUCCAGAAAUGGUCGAAGGGAUGCUAAAUAAAGCAAUGUCUACUACUGAAGUUACCAAACAUCUAGUGGGGCAAAAAGCCAACUUCGCUUUCAUGAAAAAAGUUAACCGCCUUAUUCCUAGUGAUAAGAAAUGGUUAGAAACUGUAAGCGAAUACAACACACCGCCCUGCUGCUCAAAGGAAUCCAGCUUUCAAAGUAGAUAUUUAUUAAGCGACUACGAAGCCGAUACAGAGGAGACUGAUGAAGAAAAGUAAAAUAAUGCAUAAAACAAUACAAAGCCACCUCAUACAAAUGUAAUAAAUAACCUCGCUAACAAAA